ACGCCCCUCUAGUUCGCUCGGCCCUUCGGGUGGAUGGUAGCCUGGAGGAGCCACGCGCUGUGUUUUAUCCCCCCCCCCCGAAGCCGCGGUCGGGAAGGCGAAUCGGAAAAGGGAGCUGGGCGAGUGGCGAUGUCCGUGAGCGGGGGCUGCCCAGCCAGGAGUGCGCAGCCCCAGCGGGCCCGGCGCGGCCUCAGCCUGCCACCUCCUCGCGUAGCGCGGGACAGGGGCCGGGACUGAGCCGCCCUGGGCCCAGCAGGGAGAGAAGCCGCGGAGCCCAGAGGAGACGGGAGCUGCCGCGGGGCCGGGGCCGCCCGAGGAUGGGAAUCCUCUUCACCAGGAUCUGGAGGCUGUUCAACCACCAGGAGCACAAAGUAAUCAUUGUUGGUCUGGAUAAUGCAGGAAAAACAACCAUCCUUUACCAGUUUUCUAUGAAUGAAGUGGUGCAUACCUCUCCUACAAUAGGCAGCAAUGUAGAAGAGAUAGUGGUUAAUAACACACGUUUUCUAAUGUGGGAUAUUGGAGGGCAAGAGUCUCUUCGAUCUUCAUGGAAUACUUACUAUACAAACACAGAGUUUGUCAUCGUUGUUGUGGACAGCACAGACAGAGAGAGAAUUUCUGUAACUAAAGAAGAACUUUAUAAAAUGUUAGCUCAUGAGGACUUAAAGAAAGCAGGUUUGCUUAUUUUUGCUAACAAACAAGAUGUUAAAGAGUGCAUGACGAUAGCUGAAAUAUCCCAGUUUCUGAAACUAACUUCAGUUAAAGAUCAUCAGUGGCAUAUCCAAGCAUGCUGUGCUCUAACUGGCGAGGGAUUGUGCCAAGGACUUGAAUGGAUGAUGUCAAGACUUAAAAUCAGAUGAUUUUUAAUGACCUCUUUGCACCGACAUUGCAUACAAAAGUACUGUGCCUCUGGAUACCUUAGUUACUUGUACCUGUGGUAACCUGCAAAAUUAAUGGGUUAGAUGUAUUUAUAACAAACUGAUUUCAACUUUAUUUUCUACACACAUAUAUUAAGACCACCUCUUUGAAAACAGAUGAAGAUGAAAGCUCUAGUUUAUUUUCCCAUUAGUUUACUCUGAAGAUAGGUUUAAAAACUGUGGUUGACGUUCUUCUCAAGAUAAAGCCACUCAGGACUAUGUGUGGUGAGUAUGAAGUGAGAGAGGAAUUUUUAACUUUACAUUUUAUAUUCCAAUAUAACCCUCCUAGUUGAAGGUGUUGGCCUCGUUAUUCCAGUAAAUUAGCAAGCAAAUCAGUGGCAUAGGUAUUGACUUUUCAGUAUUUUAAAAACUUGUUGAAAUGUGCUACAGAUACAAAAAUAUUUUCCUCCUGUGUACUGUACAUAUUUGUGUAUAUUUAUACCUCAAGUUUAGGUUAACCGAAAUCUGUUCCAAGAAAAAGUGAAUAACACUGAAUCUCGGUGUACUGAGAAUAGUACUAAUGUUGAGAUUGUUGACAUCACAACUACUUUUCCUUUGUUCUCUGUACUGCUCCAACCUUCACCAAAUAAUUGGUGCACCAUUUCUUUAUAAAGUGAAAUCUCUUAAGACUAGUGGUUUUUAUACUUCUCCAUAUAUAAACUCCUGCAAUUAAGAAUGAUCACAAAAAGGGAUAGUGUGUCUGAAUGUGGAUUUUAUAUUUGUUCAGUAUUGGCAACUAACUUCAAUUCUUUGCUAAAUGGUAAAGAAUCCAACAAGUUAGCAUUUUCAUUUUGUUGGAUAAAACCAUUCCAAAAAAUGCCCGUGUUCUGCUCUGCUUUAUGCCAUCAUAUUGAGUAUUUAUGAUAGAUUCCUAUCUAGGGGGUAAAUCUUCACCAUUAAUAAAGGGGAAAUGUGUCUGUUUUCCUUAUGCAAAGAAGUGACCAAAAAAGUGUGCUAUAAUGUUCUCACCAGAAAUCUUACAGAACAGUCUAUUUUGUAUUGGUAUGUUUUCAGAGAAAGAGGAUACUGACUGGUGAUAAUCCAAAAUUGCUGAAGUAACUGUUUGUAUAUGUGUAUAAGAGACUAAUGUUGGGGAGAGGAAAGGAUACACUAUUCCACUGUAAAUGAUGCUUGAUUCUGCUCCUAUAGAAGUCCCUGUGAAAACUCAGAAUUAAAUGAUGUAUCAGCAUCGUAAUGCUGAGGCCCCAACUGAAUGGUCAUGAUUCAUAGGGAAUAUGCAAAGAAUUAUGAGAAUCAGGACUAUCCUGUCCUUCCUAUACUGGUAAAUGGGAGGAGUGUAGGGGGAUCCUAAUAUAGAAAUAGUUGAGAACCACUGGUGUAAAGGAUUUUGGUUCUUCAUGAGUAUGACACUUGGGUGGUGUGAUAUGUUGUUGGUAUCAUGAAAAGUGAGCAUGAUCACAGAUUUUCUGUCUUAUUCUGUACAUGUGUAUAUUUAAGUAAUGUUGUAAAACUAGACAAGUUUAAGGACAAGACCAUUUUAAACCUGGUUUAAUUUUUAAGGCAGUUAUGAACUCCUCUUUAAAGAUGAGAUUGUGAAACACAUCCAAUUUCCAUUUAAUUUAGUUUAGCUCAUUUGUGUACUGCAUUGUAUUGGUUGACAUAGUAUUCAUGGGGACAAUAAUGAAGACCACUUCAAAAGUGUGUAUUUAACAACUGAAUUGUCCCAAGUAUGAAAUAUAACUUUCUGAUGUAGUCAUGAAAUCUCUUUUGCUAAUUGGCUGAUGGAGGUUCUGCUAUGUAUGAAUUUAAAAAAAUGGACAUACAUUUAUUUACAUAAAAGGAAUGCACGGAGAUCAGUGUUGUUAACUAACUGGUAUAUUGCAUAAUGUGUGAAUGUUUUAAGGAAAAAAUAACAAUGAAAAGACUAAGUUAAUCUGCAGGUAUUUUCCUGAAACAAAAAUGCAUCUUUUGAACACAGAAACGAAUAAUUUUAGCUUUCCUACUCUAACAAAAAAUAAAAUACUGGACUUAACUACAUUCAUAAUGUUCAUCUUCAAGUACUGCAACUACUGGUUUUUUUGAGAUUUUCUUUCAUGCUUGAAGUGCUAUAUUCUUUUUGUCUGAAUCUCUGUUGCUUUUAAAUUGUAACUAUUUUUUUAUAAGAUAAAAAUCACUCUUAACAGAAUAUGAAAUGCAAAACUGUAUUCAUGUACAACUUUUAAAAAUAUUUUCUUGGAAUUUGCUGUUCUUACCCUGUUCAGGUUUUUAUGGCUUAAAAUGUUUGCCUAAUAAAUAGCAUGGCUGAAGGGAAUCUAUAAAUAUUGUUCUAAAGCAUGACUUUUAUGUCACAAACAGGGUUUGGAGACCUUCUAAUAAUGCAUGUGAACUAUCUUUCCUCUUCCAGGUGACGGGGAAACCAUCCAUUUCUAUCUCAAUGCGGUAGCAAAAUAUCCAUGUGAUUUUAUUAUUUGUGUUGAAGUAGUGGCAAGAGGUCCCCAUCAGGAGUCGAUAUCUUAUUGCAUGCACAGGUCACAGCAUUCACACUCAAUAAAUUGUUCCAGGCCCAAAGUGUUUCUUAUCUAACCAACCAUAUACAAUCUGAUGGGCUUUGAGCAGCAGUGAAGCCUUAAUUAAGGGUAAAUUAGGCAAUCCACCCACUUCUUCCUGCUAACUUCAAUGUUGCAUAUGUGUGUUUUAGGUUUAAACUUACUUUUAAAACUAAUGGUGAUCCCAUUUAAACAGAAAGCGAGAUUGCCUUUCUCGUCUAGUCAGGACCUGUUACUUAAUAUGCAUGUGACUUCACCAGCAUUGUAUGUUUGGAGAAUAGUUGAUUUAUAAACUGGUAAUCGAGGGGAUAUGUAUGAAACUGAUAUGCAUCUUGUGUUUAUUCUUAAGUAAAAUUAAGCAACUGAUAACUAUCUCUUGCUUAUGAUAUUCAUUGCACCUUUUAGAAUGUGGAAUUUUUUUCAGGGGAAAAACAGAUAAUCUUGAAGAUGUAAACAGAUAGUAUUGUCUAGUAGUUUAGAGUACAGGACCAGGGAUAGGAGAUUUGGGUUUUGAUCAUGGUGACCUUGAGUGAUUCAUUAAUCUUUCCUUUGUCUCCAUUCCCGUAUCUAAAACGGGGGUAGCAGUUACCAUAUCUGCCUCACGGAGGGGGUUGUGGGGCUUCAUUAAAGUUUAUCAAGUGCUCAGAUUUAAGGCAUCAUACAGAAUAGAAUUUUUGCACCCAGAUAUUACAAUGAUGGCCUUGGCAGAAAAGUAUGUAAUAAGAUUCUGUCUGCCUGAAGGUGUUUUAAUUGAAUUUGUGCAUGUCUUCCAAAUUAUUGCAACUUGAACUUUUACACAGAAUGUGUAAACAUCCGUAUGCAGUUCGUUGUAUCCCAUUGCAGACCCCUCUUUGCUCUCCAUCUCAAUGUAUAGCUCCUUGUUAUGCAUGGAGAUAUGUGAAUUAAGUUAUAAUUAACAUAUGUUAAGGCUUAAUUCUGUGCAUAGAAGAAAUUCUCUUUGCAUAUAUGCUAUUCCCUAAUUCCAUUAACUCUCUCAAGCCACUCCGAUUCUGAACAGUUAAAUUAAAUAGUGAGUGACAAAACUUCAUUUGUGCUGCUCUUGGUAAUGUUCUGGAGUUCCAUCUUCUCCCUAUCUUGGCUUUUAUACACAUUUCUUUUAUAUAAACUUAACUCCCAGUUGAUAUGUAGAGUCCUAUACAUAACUCCCACUGACAUCAGUGCCAACUGAGGGUAGUAUAUAGUCUUUGGUAUACAGCUUGGGAAUGUGAUUUUUUUUUUUUUAAGUUCAUGUAUGCCUCAAAAUGACCUUAAUAAUAUUUAAAGGUUUGCAUUUCAGUUUUCCAAAGAUUGAUAUUCACAACUCAAAGGUACACUUGAUGGAUGAAUAAUUUGUGAUAUGGUCUAAUGGCCACUAGUAUCUUGAAAAAUAAAUAACUGCAUGUAGAUUAACUCUUCUAAAAAAAAAAAAAAGUUACUAGGAGACUGCAUGGAGAAUUUUGGAGAAUAGAUCAGCAAUACAUGCAGAUAUCUAGCGUCAUAAUUUUCAUUGUACUGCAGGGAGACAUGGUAGCUAAAUUCCUAUGCAUUAUGCUGAAAAAAAUAUUCCUAAUUGUACAUGACUGCUAGUUGUAUUUGAUAGACACCUACCACAAUCUGUGAAGCUCAAAACUUUCUAUGUAGUAAUUUAUUUUUCCUUAUUGCAUGUACUUCCUCUUCUAGUUAGUUUAUGUAUACCAUGUUAUAUACAUGCAUCUAGCUGUGUGAACACAAGUGGUGGUGUCCCUUCCUACCUCCCAGUUUAACCUAUACUUGAUGACCAAUUAACAUUUUUUACACAAUAUUCAGAACCUUCUAUAGCCAUACAUUCCAAACAUUUGAGUUUCCCACAAUUAUCAGUUAUUGUGUAGAUGUAAAGCUUAUCUUGUGGGAUGGAGGGUAACUUAGUCUCUUAACAGAUCAGCUCCAGAAUAUAGGAAACUGAGUUCCGAUAACAUUUAAGUAUAUGACUUAAACUCAGAAAGCAAGGAAAUUUAUGGUAAGAGAAGACUCAAGUGUUCCUUCAUAUAAAAACAUUUAAGUGGCAUUUUUUUAAUUGGAUUGACAGUAGCAAAGUUAUUACCAGUAUGUCUGGAAAGCAGUUUUUCAGAGAAUCCAUUCAAAUGAAUGUAAUAUCAAGCCUUUAAAUAGCCCAUUCUUCAGUGUUAUGAGUUAAGGAUGGUAUGGUACUGCAUAAAGACAGGAUAUAAUGAAAGAGACUGAAGAUAGUCUGUGUAUUGUAAUGAGGUAUACAAUAUUGCAAAUCAUAAUCAAAUCAUAAUAUUGUAUAUAAUUAUUGGGGUGAGAAAAUGCAUUUUAAUGUAAAGAUCUGAAAAAAAUGAUUGUAAAGAAGCAAAAAAAAAGUUGCAACAAAAGUCAUUAGAAAAAAAUUGUGUCCUUCCCUUACUGGGGUUUACCAGUUGAUUAUUUUUAUUAGCAUAUCUAGUGUACAGAAUGUUCUUAUAUGCAUGCAAGUGCUAUUUUUUAUUUGAAGAAAGUUUAACAGUGUCAUCUAAAUGACUCUUGGGUUUUGUUGUGCAUUACAAGACAACUUUUUGUGCACAUACAUAAGUUUUUUGUGUCCUUUUAUGAUUUUAAAUUUGAAGAUAUAAUUUGUACUGAAUUAACUCAAAAAGGCUGUUUCACUCAAUAGACUGUAAAUGAUUUUUUUCUAAGCCAGUGGUUCUUGCUGCCCUUGUUGAAACACUUUCCGAACAAAACACUGAUGAAGUAGAGCGGUUGGAAGAAAAAGUGAAGGAGCAGAUUAUUCCCUUACAAAGGCAUUCACAGAAUGAAAAAGUGGGAGAACCACUGCUUGAACUGUUUUAUGGUCAAUAAAUUUUAAGAUGCUGUUGUAUAUGAUGGGCUAAUAACUAUCUGAGCCAUUUUAAACUCGUGGUGUUAUUUAUUUUUUUUUAAAUGCCUUUAAAAGUGUUUAAACAUGUCUUUGGUUGUCUACUACCUAAAUUGUCUUCAAAAUUCUGUCUAAAUUGAUAGAAAUAAUAUGUGCAGGCUUUGUUACAAAUUGGAAGUUUGGGGAAUACAUAUAUACUUAAACUAACGAACCUUUCUUGCUUUGUGGUAAUUUUUAAAAAAUGUGGUUAAUUCAGUCUCCUUUAGCUAAAACGUUUUCCUUUUUGUAUCAAAUGCUUCUCAGAGAGAUGAAAUGAUCAAGACGACCAGUUUGGAGGUGGGCAGACUCUGCUAUGCCUCCUAUAUGCCAUGUCUGGAUCUCAGAGUAAUUAUACUAGUUUUGGCCAUAUGGCAUUCAUGUGUUCUGCACUCCACCCUGACUCAGCUGUUUCUGGAAUACCUACUUGCAUUAUUGUUCCUCUGACUCCACAAUGGAGCUAAGUAGACUUUUUGGUAAAGUGUAGAGAAAGCAACAAGCUAAGCUACAUUUAUUUCUUCCAUUUAGCCCAAUUUCUUCUUUUUAGUACAAUUAGGUAUUAAGGGCAAAAUUCACUCCACCUGCACAAAGCUGGAGUUAUCAGCUCUCUCUGCAGGUGGAGUGCGGAGAAGCUAGGGGAUAUGAAAUCCAGAAAGGGGUCAGUUGGGUGAAUGGCAACUUCUAGCUAGUUGCGUGGGGCCAAUGGAUCUGCUUAAAUGCAAGUAAUUGCCUUCUUCCUGGCCUUUUGUGCCAUCGGAUGGAGGGCAGUAGCAGGGUUUGAGGUGGGUAGACUCUAUGUACGCUAUAUGCAGAAGUCUUUUCUUUCUUGCUUAUACUUCAAUAGAGAAGCUCUGUCUCUGAACCAGUAUUUGGGCUUUAAGAAGCUGGAGCUGCUCAAAGCACAUAAAAAGUGUAUAAGGGGAGAGCAGAUUGGGGAAGGACAAGAGAGACAGACAGACGGACACACUCCACCCAGCCUUUGUCCCUAUGCAUCUCCUUUUGUGAAUCUUUAACUUUCAAGCCUCCAACUUUGGCCUCUAUCAGUUUUGUCAUCUGAUAGUCUAUUAGAACAUUAAAUAACAUAAGUGAGAGACCAUAUCGCUGGCAUACUUCUGAUUCUAAUGAAAACAAGUUUGCAAUAAGUAUUUAUAUAAAUGUGAAACAUGCCUUUUCACCCUAAAUAUUGACCCUCAUACACGUAAAUGUACCAAAGGCAAAGUGCCUCCAUUAGGAACUCCUAAAUGGUGCAGUGAGUCUGCACUGGUACUCUACAUUCUGGGUGAAAAUUGCCCUAAAUAGAUAACUGAUAUUCACUCAAACAAAGGAGUUUGGUAUUUUUAAUAUGGAUUUGAUGUUUGUCUUCUCAGCUUGAACCAGCAACAUUGGAAAUUUCCAUAUCUGUAGCGUAGGAGGUGAAGAAAAACCUUAAUUUUCAAUACAAAUUAUUUUAACGUUCUUUUCCAAUAAAGAUGUUUUGUUUUUAGAUGGUAAGCUUCUCAGCCCAGGAGCUUUUCCUUGUAUGUAAAUCACCUAGCAUGCUUUUCUUUGCUCUUCAGUGCAUUGGUAAAGCAUACAAAAGAAGUGGAUUUCUUGAAACUUUUUCAUAAUAGUAUGUUUGUGUUUGUUCUGAGUGCCUUCAUUUUUAUUAAUUUAUGCAUAAAAUGUCUAUGCAUGAAUGUUGCCAUUGUUAAAUAAUUGCAUCCAUUUCACCUCUACAUCCAAAAACUGAUUUUUUUUUUGUAGCAACCAUUUCUUCCCUUCCCUCCCCCCCACCCAAAUUAGUUUUAUGUAGAACAUUAAUAGGUUUUCUUUGAAUUAAGAUGGCAAAAUAAUUUGCCUUUAAACCACCCACACAGGUGGAAAUUAAUAACUUCCUCUCUGCAUAACUACCAAUUUAUUACAGGUACAGUAAUAAGAAUUUUAGAUCUGUAGGAAGUGCAUUUGUAAAGUGGUACUACGGGAACACUUUCUCUAACCAAACUUAAUGGUAAUUUGAAAGAUAUGUACAGCAACAGAAGUUGGUCCAGCUUGUGUGUUUAAUAUCCUGGGAUCAGAAUGGUUACAACUACACUUCAGUGGUUAGCUUUGUGCUGUUAAAUUAUGGUCAGUCAAUGAGAGAGAUGCUGACUUUUUUUAAAAAAGUGAUGGACUGGUCUGGAGCUCACUUUCAACAGUAUUGCCCCAAAAUAAAAAAAUGAAAUGCAA